AUGGCAGACAUCGGCGCCAUGCACCGGCUGUUCAGCCGUGCUGAUGACCCCCAAGCCACCUCGAAUUCCCUGUCGGGUUUCGUGUCAACCUUGGUCGUUAACAUCGUGAUCUUCUCCGUGAUGGUCAUCGUCUUUAUCAUUCUGCGAAAGAGCCAGCGUCGACAGUAUAUGCCCCGUACCUACAUCGGCUAUCUCAAGCCAUGGCAGCGCACCCCAGAAUCCCCCACCGGCCUGUGGAGCUGGAUCACCGCCAUGUACCAGCUUCCCGACACAUACGUUCUCCAACAUCACUCCAUGGAUGCCUACCUUCUGCUACGAUUCCUCAAGCUAGCCACUACCAUCAUGUUCGUCGGCUGCUGUAUCACCUGGCCCAUCCUGUUCCCGGUCAAUGCCACCGGAGGCAAUGGCAAUAAACAGUUGGAUGUCCUCACUUUCUCCAACGUCUCGGAUAAGAGCUAUGGCCGUUACUUUGCCCACGCCCUGCUUGCGUGGAUCUUUGUUGGUUUCAUUUUCUUCCUUAUCACACGGGAACACAUUUUCUACAUCAACCUGCGCCAGGCAUACUCUUUCUCGCCCGCCUAUGCCAACCGUAUUUCUUCGCGCACCGUUCUUUUCAGCGCCGUCAGCGAGAACUAUCUCAACACCGACAAGAUUCGUGCCAUGUUUGGCAUUGAUAAAGUCAAGAACGUUUGGGUUGCUACCGACACUGCCGAGCUCGAGGAGAAGGUCAAGGACCGUGACGCGGCCGCCAUGAAGCUGGAGGGCGCCGAGACCAAGCUUAUCAUCAUGGCCAACAAGGCGCGCAACAAGGCACUGAAGAAGAAGGGCUCCGCGGAAGAAGGUUCCGAGGAGAACACUGAUCUCGGCCAGUUUGACGACGAAUCUGGCUCUGUCGCUGCUCGUUGGGUGCAAGCCAAGGACCGCCCGACUCACCGUCUCAAGAUGCUCAUUGGCAAGAAAGUCGACACCAUUAACUGGGCCCGUUCCGAGAUCGAGCGCCUCAGUCCCGAAAUCGAAGAGCUCCAGGCGAAGCACCGUGCCGGUGACGCCAAGCUUGUUUCCUCCGUCUUCGUUGAAUUCUACAAGCAGGCCGAUGCUCAGUCUGCCUACCAGUCCGUCAUCUGGAGCAACCUUCGCAUUAAGUGGUGGGAGCGCGUAAUCCGACACGGUGCUACUCUUGCAUUCGUCGUCGCUCUCAUCAUCUUCUGGGCCAUCCCGACGGCAGUUGUUGGUGCUAUCUCUAACAUCAACAGCUUGACUGAUAUGGUUCCUUUCCUGAAGUUUAUUCUCAAGUGCCCUCCCGUCAUUCUUGGUGUUAUUACCGGUCUGCUGCCCUCAAUUUUGAUGGCGGUUCUCAUGGCGCUGGUGCCUAUCAUUAUGCGACUCUGCGCUAAGUGGGGCGGUGACCCCAGCCGGGCUUCCAUUGAACUCACUACCCAGAACUACUUCUUUGCUUUCCAGGUUGUUCAGGUGUUCCUGGUGGUUACUCUGGCAUCUGCUGCCACCAGUGUCGUUACCUCUAUUAUCAGCGAUCCUUCCAGCGCCGCCAGCCUGCUCGCCACCAACAUCCCCAAAGCCUCCAACUUUUACAUUUCCUACAUCAUCCUGCAGGGCUUGUCCUUCAGUGCUGGUGCUCUUCUCCAGAUUGCCGGCCUGAUUGUUGGCAAGCUUCUGGGCAAGUUCCUGGAUAACACCCCCCGCAAGAUGUACAAGCGCUGGUCGACCCUGGCCGGUCUCGGAUGGGGCACUGUUUACCCUAUCUUCACUCUGCUGACUGUUAUCGGUAUCAUCUACUCUUGCAUUGCUCCUCUUGUCAUGGGUUUUGCCACCAUCGGUCUGUAUCUGUUCUACUUCGCCUACCGCUACAACCUGCUGUACGUCUCGAACGCCGAUAUUGAUACUCAGGGUCGCGCCUACACUCGUGCCCUGCAGCACCUGACUGUCGGUGUUUACCUGCUUAUCGUGUGUUUGAUUGGUCUGUUCGCCAUGGCCUCUGGAGCUAACCAGAUUGCCGUUGGCCCUCUGGCCCUGAUGAUCAUUCUCCUUGUCUUCGUCGUCCUGUACCACAUGUCGAUGAACAGCGCCAUGGAGCCUCUGCUGAACUACCUGCCCAAGAACAUGGAGCAUGAGGAGGAGUCCCUCCUGGCCGGGGAGCGCACCAAACUCAGCUCCGAGUCGCACUCCAACGGUGUGAACAACGGUGUCUCAGCUACCGACAAUGGUGUCAGCAACGUUGACAGCGGCGUUGCGGCUGUCGACUCCGCCGAGGCGGAGAAGGGUCUUGGCCACACCGAGGCCUCGGAAGCGAAGCCGAAGGCCAACUUCUUCACCAAGUUCCUGCGCCCGGAUAUCCACGCCGACUACGCCACCCUGCGCCGUCUGGUCCCCAACCCGCUCGAUGUCGCUCCUUACCCCGAGGAGGUCGAACGCAACGCAUACUUCAACCCUGCCAUCAACGCCCAGGCUCCUCUUCUCUGGAUUCCCCGUGACCCUCUCGGCAUCAGUCGUCAGGAGGUUGCCCACUCCUCUCGCGUCAUCCCCAUCACGGACGAGGAUGCGUUUGUGGACGAGAAUGCCAAGAUCACUUGGGACAUGGACAAGGGCCAGCCCCCCCGUCUACGAGGAGAAGAUUGCCUG